CUACCUUCAAGAACCCCACGUCAGCGCAGUUCGUCCUCAUUCCUACCAAGACUAGAGCUGUCUGCGCGGGUUUCUUGGAACUGUGGGUGACCUACAGAAGGCUGGAGUACUGCAGGAUGUCGUCCUUGAAGUCGAGGGCCGGCGGUUUCCCUGCCAUCGGCUUGUUCUGUCCGCGGCCAGCCCCUACUUCAGGGCCAUGUUUACAAGUGACAUGGCGGAAAGUCGGCAGAAUACGGUUGUUUUACAGGGUGUGGAUGCAGGUAUGUUUGGGGAGAUCCUAAGCUAUAUUUACUCGGGAACUCUCCAUGUGUCCCUGGACAAAGUGCAGCCCCUGUACCAGGCAACCGACCUCCUCCAACUGGACUAUCAUGUGAGAGACACCUGCAGCAGCUACAUGGCCAUGAACGUGGAUCGCCCCACCUGUGUGGACCUGUACAAGUCCUCUAAUGUCUUCACUGUGGACAUUGUCCGAAAAGCUUGUCUGAAGUUUAUCAAUAGAAACUUUGUUGAGGUUGCCUCUAGCGAGGAGUUUUGCAGCCUGAGUAUGAAUCAGCUGACUGAGAUCAUCAGCCACGAUGGGCUGGAUGUUAAAGAGACAACAGUGUGGGAGGCUGUGGUGAGAUGGGUACAGCACAGCAGGGAGGACAGACUGCACCACCUACCCAGCAUCCUCUCUGACAUCCGCUUCAACCUGCUGACCUCAGACGACACGGCAGCCAUCUUGGAACACCCCCUGGUUACUGAGGAUCCUGGGAGUUCUGAGGUCCUCCAAAAUGUGGUACAGAAAGGGAACCUCAACCUGCAGCCGAGGCUUGGGAUGACCAUGGAAAUGGCGAUGCUGUACAAUGCAGCCCUGGGUUCAAGUGAGCUCCUCUUCAUGAACCCACAGAAAGGGAAGUACAUCAGCUGCAGUUACAAGCCUGGAGGCAUUCCUAAUUCCUCCAUCAUGACAGUCACCAGUGAUAACGACAUCUAUAUCCUGAACACGAAAGGAUCAGAGGAUAAAGAUAAGUUAUCUCUGUUUAAGUACAACCAUGCCAAAAACUUGUGGGAACAAGCAGAUGUGUCCUUGAUAUCUGAGGGACCAGAAGACGACUUCGCGUAUGAAAAACACCUUUUUAAAGUUGGUGGAACUUUGUAUUACCUUGCUGUUUAUAUCGAGCAGUCUUUGCAGCAGAUUCGAAAGUACAACCCACACACAAACCAGUGGCAGGAGUGUUCACAGCUGCAACUUGACAUAACUUUCCGUUCCGCAGCAGCAUUAUCCUGUGGACACAGAGUCAGACCGCUGGCAGAAAGUGCAAAGCUGGGAGAGCCCAGAAAACCUAUAUGUUGACCGUUUUCCUAUUCUUUUCGUACUGGAGAACCAGCUACACAUAUUGUUAUUAUGUGCUAGCGACCUCCACGAAGCCAAAGUGUAUCUGGUUAUUCUGGUAUAUGUGUAUGACAGGUCUGUUGAUGUCUGGAAUGAGUUAGAGGCAAACAUGCCUGAUAAGGAAUAUUAUUCGUUUGGUUCUUAUUCCACUGUGGCACGUAUAUACCUACCAUAUCUUAAGAGUACAUGAAAACACGUCACUUCUUAACGCUAUUCAGUAUUAAUGUGCAGGAUAAGAACAUAUGGCGAAUAGGUUAAAACUGAUUAGCAACAUUUUGUUUAGAUCUUGGCUUUUAUUGAAUGUUCAAAAGUGUGAUAGAUGUACUAGACUUUAUACUUCAGUAAAAGAAAGGGG